AUGUUCCUCUUCUCUCAUAAGACCAAGACUCCCAUCAGCACCUACAGUGACUCCUUCAGGGCUCCAACCUCCAUCAAGGAGGUCUACAAGGACCCACCUCUCUGGGCCUGGGAGGCCAACAAGUUUGUGACUCCGGGUCUAACUCAUGCCGCACAGCGCUAUAUGGAUCCUGAUACUCUGCAGAUGAACAAAUGCGCUACACACACAUCAGGCCAUCCAUACUGUCCUGAGAAGUACUGGAGCCCUCAACAUGAAGCACUCAAAUACUGCCCAAGUUACCUGGGCGGUGACCGGUACAACACAUGGAAGAUGGGACCUUACAACAGCUCCUACUUGAACAAGUAUUCUUCCUACCUUCCUCAACUGUCUAAGGACUCUAGGCUGGACCCAGUAGUUCGAGGCAUGCCCUUGGAGUACCCUCCCAAGCCGGAGCGCCUCAAUGCCUACGAACGUGAGGUGGUGAUGAACAUGUUGAACUCGCUGUCCCGGAACCAGCCGCUGCCACAGCUAGCACCUCGGUGCAGGUGCUUGGACCCGAUGUCCGGCCGCCUGCCGUUCCAAGGUUUCAGUAGCCCUUGCCCUGGCCGCCACUGCUGCCUGCACGGGUUGGACUGCUUCGCCGCGGAGGCGCCCCUCGCUGACCGUCGCCUGAGUCGGUGCUUGGAGGAGCCGACUCUAAGGUUCGUGUGUGUCGCCCUUCGGGCACAGACCCGGAAUGCAAUGUGCUGUUACACCUCCCCUGCCAUCAUUCUACCCAUGUCCAAACCUUAA